AUGUUGAAUCCUACGAUCAAGAAUAUUACUACUGUAUUUCCGAUAGACCGUAGCGCAUUACACGCACCUGCAAGGUACAAUCAACAUCGGGACAUCAUCAAAGAGUUUAGUCUAAAUACUUCAACCCAUGGCAUCCCCGGUAUUGCGCGCAGUAAAAGUAUGCACAACCGAAUUUUUUGGCUCAUUUCAUUCUUAGCAUUUCUGGGCAUUAUGUGCUACUUUAUCAUUCAAGCAGUUCUUGCCUAUUUCCAAUAUCCUACACUAACAUUAAUAGGAUUUGCUGAUAUAUGGCCACAGACGUUCGCUGCUGUGACCAUCUGUAACAAUUCUCCAUUGCGGUAUGAUCAAUUCAUAGAACCUUUUCUUAAUUAUACAAAUGCAUUGAAUCUAACUAAUACAAAUGAUAUCACGACAUUUACUGAGGAACAAGCAUCAUACAUCAUGGAUUACACGCAGUAUAUACUCAAUCGAAACGGAUCGUUGAAUCAGUUCUAUUAUCCGUUGAGUUCAAUGUUGAUUAAAUGUACUUACAAUCGUAUGAAUUGUUCCGUCAAUGAUUUCGUGCAAUUCGCUUCGCCUGUAUACGGUUCAUGUUAUACAUUCAAUGCUCAAUCGCCUCGUAUUAAUAAUAAUACCAUACAUUAUAAUAAUGAAAACGGAUAUAGUGGCGAACUUCAUUUGGAUCUUUACAUACAUAGUCAACAAUACGUUCCGCAUCUCAGUGAUGCUAUAAGUUUAGUAGCAAUGGUACACGAUAAUACAGAGCUGCCUCGUGUAGAAGCUUUUGGCAUUCAAUUGGCCCCUGGUCGUAAACAUAGACUUGGCUAUUACAAGAGACAAAACACUUUCUUGCCAUCACCCUACACGACCUGUGCUGAUCAGAUUACACCUAGAUUGCAAACAUUUUAUGAUCAAUUUUCCGAAGCUAACUAUAGUUAUUCGCAACAGUUAUGCUAUGAUGUUGCUAUGCAGGCGUAUACAUACCAACAAUGUGGCUGUGUGAACCCUUUUCAAUGGGGGAGUCGUUAUAUUAUUCCAUUUGGAUCUACGACAACAGUUUACGCUAGUUUAUGCAACGCAUCCGAUCCAUGUUAUGCAGAGGCAAUUUCUGUCUUUCAAAGUUUCGCUUCUAUUUAUGAGAAAUAUGCUGGAGAUUGUGGUUUGGAAUGCUCAAGCACUGAAUUUGUAUUGAAAAUAUCUUCUGGCUUAGCACCGCCUCGUUGGUCCAUGAAUAGUAUCAAACAAUUUGUUGAGUCAACUUCUAUUCCAUUAACGUCGACUUGGAAUGAAACAUGGAAAGAAGAAAUUCGAGAGAAUUUUGUUAGUCUCGACAUUAUUUGUGAAUCUACAACUGUCGAAAGUUACACACAACAAGCCACACUUGGUGCUGUUGAUAUUAUUUCAAACAUCGGUGGCCAGACAGGUCUCUGGAUUGGUAUCAGCUUUCUCUCAUUAAUGGAAGUUGCGGAGAUGAUUUACCGAUUGCUUCGGCAUCAAUGUACUCUCUUUCAACGAAAACCCAUCGGAACGCAAAAACAACGUAAUACAAGAUUGUAA